AUGGUUGAACUCAUCUUUCGCCUCGCCACCAUGGACGACGCGCCUCGCCUGCGCGCCCUCAUCGAGCACGCCUUUUCCACCAACGACCCGCGGCCCGGCUGGACCGGCGACGCGGCGCUCGCAUCCCAGUACACCAUGGAGCUGGAGCAGAUGAAGGCCGACCUCUCCGUGCCCGGCGUAGUGACGUUUGCCGUGCUCGCCGCGGCGGGCGGCGACAUCAUCGCCUCGGUCAACGUGGGCCGCCGCGGCGCCGCCGCCGACACGGGCCGCAUCGGCAACCUCAUCGUGCAGGACGCGUACCAGCGCGGCGGCGUCGGAGGCCAGGUGCUGGCGUACGCCGAGGCGUACUGCCAAAGGGAAUGGGGCGUCACGAGCAUGUCCCUCAAUGCGCUGUCGUCGCGGACGGCGCUGCUGGCGUGGUAUAGGAGCCGUGGCUAUCGCGCGACGGGCGAGACGAGUGCGUUUCCGCGCGGUGCUGCGGCGUUUGCGGCGUGUGUGAUUCCGGAGGAUCUGUGCUUUAUUGAGAUGAUCAAGGAUGUUGGUGUGAUGGAGAGCGGCGAGACGAUGGUGGGAGAAUAG